AUGUUUCUCUUUUUUGUAGCGGUCCUCCACGCGAUGGUGAUCGUCGGUGCUCAAGAUCAAAAUUGGCCCAUGCCCAGGCACCUGAGGAACGUUUAUAUAGAGUUUUUCGAUACUAUAAAUAGAGGCUUGGUUAGUCAUUUUUUCUUAUUCCGAGCUGGAGAGCAGAGGGAAUUCCCCCAUUGGAGUAGGCUAAAACUGGCGGAAAAAAUAUUGGUUACCCUAUGCGGUUUCGACCAAUUCAGGUAUGAGAUUGGGAAGCUUCCUUACGGAGCAAAAUAUGGGUGCUACCAUCUUGUCGCUCGUGGUGGGGAAGCUUGGUUCAUACGUAUUUUGUGCUUCUUCCGAACCACCCUAACACCAUGA